AUGAUGGAACACAGUUUGCUGAAAGAGCUUCAACUCGAAGGCGAAUCGUACCCCUUGUGCUUGGAAUGCACCUCAGAUCAUCAGCGGGAAGAAACGAAUUCUGUUAUGUUGGUGUUGGAGAUUUCCAGAGUACACGAUUCGAAUACUCACUGGAUUCCCAAGGUGCACACCGUUAACAGUCUUUCUCUACCACGACAAUCUCUCGCGAUGGAGGAGUUAUCACAAAAGUAUCAGCACCUGAAAGGUUUACCGACAGAUUCAUACUGCAACGUACAGCCACGUGUGCUCAUAAGAAUGGAUAACUGUCGCUUGGGUCAUGCACUGGAUAGCAGAGAGGGACGAGACAGCGAACCAAUCGCUACCAGAACCCGUCUAGGCUGGAUUGUGUUCGGACCUUAUUCUAUAGCAGCUCGAGCAGUGACGGACUUCACAGGACACCACAGUGUCCAUUUGUGCCAGUGUAGUGAGCAGAAGGAUGCUGAGCUACACAAAGCCGAUGACGAGCGAGCUGAGCAGCUGUUGAAAACCCUGACCCUCUUGAAAAAGAAGCGCUACGAAACAGGUCUACUGUGGCGAUACGAUGAUGUCCGACUUCCGGACAGCAAGUCAAUGGCCAUGCGGCGGCUAUUAUGCUUGGAGAAGCGAAUGCAACGCGAACCUGAGAUGGCGGAAGAGUUAAAGGAGAAGAUUCGGAACUACGUUCGCAGUGGAUACGCCGAGAAGCUGACGGAGAGUCAACUAGCCGAGCAUUUUCCUCGUGUGUGGUACCUUCCUAUUUUUCCUGUGGUGAAUCCGAACAAGCCUGGAAAACUACGCAUCGUAUGGGAUGCCGCAGCAAAGGUGGCGGGAACGUCGCUGAAUUGUUUUCUACUGACUGGACCAGACCAACUCACUUCUCUUCCAUCCGUACUACGUCGUUUCCGAGAAUAUAGUAUUGCCGUCACUGGCGAUAUCCGCGAAAUGUUUCAGCAAGUGAUGGUGAACAAGAUCGACCAACAAUGUCAGCGUUUCCUGUGGUGUGAUGGAGAGCAAGAUCGAAACCCAGAUGUCUACGCAAUGAAAGUGGACAACGUUAGCGUUCCAAGGUAUUACCGAAUGAAGACCAGCGUUGCUCAGCGGAACGUGAAACAACUUCAUGUGUUCGUGGAUGCCUCAGAAAACGGAUUUGCGGCGGUUGCGUAUCUGCGAUUUGAAGAAAACGGCACAGUGGAAUGCGCGCUUGUUGGCGCGAAGACACGGGUAGCUCCAUUGCGGUUCGUGUCAAUUCCUAAGCUAGAGCUUCAAGCGGCGGUAAUCGGCGCUCGUUUGGCGCACGACGUCAUGGAAACACACAAGCUGAAACCUGCACAAAGAUUUUUCUGGUCGGAUUCUCGCGAUGUUCUCUGCUGGAUCAAUUCCGAUCACCGAAAAUACAGCCAGUUCGUUGGAGCACGCAUAAGUGAAAUGCUGGAUCUUUCUGAGCCGAAGGAGUGGAGCUGGAUUUCAAUCAAAUUGAAUGUCGCUGAUGACGCUACGAAGUGGCAAAAGUUACCGGAUUUGUCACCUACAAGCCGAUGGUUCUGUGGCCCGGAUUUUCUGUGGAAGACGAGAGAACUGUGGCUAGCCCAUACUUCGGACUUUGGAGAAACCAUUGAAGAAUUGCGUCCGCGCUUCCUCACUUCGCACAACCAGCACUAUUUCAAACCCAUCGUCACCGGUCCACUAACGCAGAAAGAGUUGCAUGAAGCAGAACUAAUGAUUCUGAAGAUAGUACAGGACGCCGAGUUCGCCUCGGAAAUCGAUCUAUUGAAAGAGCCAAAGCGUUCACCAUGGAGUACGAAGUUGCCAAAGAGUAGCGUAUUGUACAAACUUAGUCCGUUCAUGGGCGGAGAUGGAUUGCUGCGUAUGAAGGGUCGUAUAGACGCCUGUGAAGUGGUAGAAGAGGAUACGAAACAUCCAAUACUUCUACCCAAGUACCACACAGUUACGGACCUGAUUAUAGCCAGUGUCCAUCAACGGUACUGCCAUAUGAAUCAUCAGACUGCACUCAACGAAAUUAGACGAAAAUUCUACGUGCCUCAACUCCGCUCAACUUAG